CAAGAACGGAGAUCAUUUUUUUUUUCGCGAAAAUUAGUGAAAAAUCCAUAAAAUUUAUUACAAAAUAAAGAGAAUAAAUCAGGCUGAAGGUGAAUGCAACAACAAAAAGCGAUAAUGUUCGAGGUUUCUGUGAAAUUCAGCCUCUAAAUUUGAUGAAAAGAAAAUGGCUCUCUCCCGAAAUUGAAUAAAUAAAUAUGGGUGCUGUGUAAAAUAGAAAAAAAAAAUUAUUAGAAUUACCUAAAUAAGAAGCAAAAAAGAGGAAUUUCCAUCAACUGUAGUUUGAAAAGGAUUUUGGAUACAAUAGCAAAAGAAUUUUUACAAAAAAAAAAAAAAAUAAAUUAAUGUAAUAUGUUAAAUUGUUGCUAAGUUUGUUCGAGAGGUUCAGAAAUAUUAAAAGGUGUGUCAGCUUAAUAAACAAUAAACAAAAUGUUGAGUCACAGAAUCCUUUCUGUGCUCUUGCUGCUAUCUGUGUUAUUAACAAUUCAAGUUAAUUGUGAGGAUUAUGUGCACGAUUACGACGAUGAUGACUACUUCAUAAAUGACAAAACAGAUGAAAUUGCUAGCGAAAAAUUGUUGAAUAUCCAAAAAGUUCAGUAUUCAACGUACAAUCGUUCAGAUACUUAUUUGAGCUCAACAUCAUACAAUUCAAAGGGUAUGGCGCCUCUUUACAAUAUCACAAACAUGGUAAUUGAUCUAUUCGUGGAUGACGACGAGCCAAUACCAAGAGGUUACAUUGUUGUUAAAGAAAAGAAAUUUGAAGUAGGACCAAAAGUUCGCGAUCACGAAUGGGGCGAUUUGAUAAAAAAAUAUUGGGCGAUCUUACUCGUUGUGCUGAUUAUCGUUCUCGUUGCUGUUUUCAUGCCUAUUGUUGGAUUAUGUUUUUGUUGCUGUCGAUGUGCAGGAGCUUGUGGCGGAAGAACACAACCAUUUGAUAAGAAAGGAGACACUUGUAGAAGAUUCUUCUUUGGACUUUUCCUUGUUGCAUGUGCUUCUGCUAUGGUAUUUGGAGUUGUUGUAGCUUUUGUAACAAACAGCUAUUUACAGCAUGGUGUUGAAAAUGCCACGACAGUUGCUCGCUAUGGUAUUAAUGACACAACUCUCUAUCUUAGACGAACAUCAAUUCACAUUCGUCACAUCUUAGUAGACAAUUAUAAUGAGUUAAAGACUGAUUUGGAAAAAAUUUUGAAUGAUACGGGAAACGUUGUUAUUGAAAAAUUAGCUAAUGAGUCAAAAGCAAUCGAAUUAGUUCGUCUUAAUAAUUUAGUUAAAAAUCUGAACAACAUUCAAAAUGAUUUGGAAAUCAUGAAAGAUGAAACAAAGAAUUUGCGAAUUCGUGCAUCUCAGUUAAGUGAUGGUUUAAGAGGCGUUAAGCGAGAAUUGCUUACACAACUGAGCAAAUGCAACACAAAGGAUUGCAAAGCAGUUAAAGAAAAAUAUGAUAUAGGACGUCUUGAUACAAACGGAAUCGAUUACAAUCAGUUGCCUGACAUGACAAAUAUUAUCAACGGAGUUCAAGAGCUAAUCCGAAAUGCUGAUCUUGCAGAAGCUAUUGCACAUAGUGAAGAAAAGUUGAAACAAUUAAGCGAUAGUAUAAAUAGCAAAAUCGAUAGCAAUAAACCUUCUGUUGAAAAUGCAUUAGCAGAAACUGGACGCUCCUUACAUCAGGUAUCUGAUGAUAUAUCUAACGUAGUCGAAGAAUUUGUUGGUCAUGCUCACAACUAUGGAUAUCCGAAUUUGAAGAAAGCUGAUGACUAUUUGCACAAAUAUGGAAUUUACAGAUAUUACGCGGGAUUAAUUAUAAGCUCUGUUUUGUUGUUCGUCUUGCUUUGCUUAACAUUCGGUUUGAUGUGCGGUGUUUGUGGAAAACGACCUGAUGGAUAUGGGGAUGAUUGCUGUAACAAAGGUGCCGGAGGCCGAUUCUUAAUGUGUGCUGUUGCAGUAAUUUUCUUGACUGUUUCUGCACUUUUAAUUAUUGCGCUUGCAUUAUUCCUCGUGGGAAUUUUUGUUCGUCGAGGCGUUUGCGAUCCUUUAUCAGAUCCGAGCCGUGAUCAAAUAUUUAAAGAAUACAUUGAUCCCCUCAUUGAUUUGUAUGAACUCUUUCCGACGAAAUUGAAGAAAUCUUCCCAUCUGAAAAAUAGUAUAGUCAAGCCAAUUCGAAUUUCGGAAGUCAUUAGUGCGUGCCAUGAGAAUAAAACAAUCUACAGUGUUCUCGGCUUGGAGAAAAUAUAUGAUGUAAAUGAUAUCCAAGAUUAUCCCAAUAAAUAUUCAAUUGAUGCCAAGAUCAACAAAUUUAUUGAAAAUAUCAAAAUACCUCCGCAAACGCUUCUCACCGAAGACACGAAAAAAUCAAUUUUAGAAUUAGCAGAGUCACCAUUACGAGACUUUGAUGAAUACAAAUUUUUGGAUAACUUAACGAAAAACAUAACGUAUUACAAUUUAGCUGGGUUAGCAGACCAAUUAGAGGAGACAGCGAAAAAGAUUCAAACUUCAUCAAAUAGCGAAAUUCGGGUUAGUUUAAUGAAUCAAGCACUUAUUUUGCGUUCAUUCCAAAAAGAAUUAGUCGAUCCGAUGAUUGCUGGAACAGACAAUAUGCUCGCGAUUGCGCGUAAUUUGGAGAAAACACUGAAAAAUGAUGCACCGAAUUUCCAUGAUGCAAUGAUGCAAACUUUGAAAGAUAUUCAACAAGCAGAAACAUUUUUCAAAGAAGAAGCAACUGAUUUUGUUAAGUCUAUUGCUGAGACUUUGCUUACUGGAUUCAAAGAACAAUUUACUGAUUACUUAAAUAUGGUAGCAAAUGAGACUCAAUACGAAAUAGGUCAAUGUGGUCCAAUUUCUCAAGUAUACAAUGCAACUCUUGUUGGAGCAUGUAAACAAGUUAUCGAUCCAUUUAAUGGUUUUUGGACUGGUCUCGUUUGGUGUUUGGCAUUAUUUUUCCCAACAUUGAUUUUGGCAGUCAAACUAUCAACAUUGUAUCAGAAAUCUGAUCCGUAUCCAGGACCGUUAGUCGAGUCAGAGUAUCUGUAUGAUGCAUACAGUGAAAGAGAUAAUAUACCAUUGGCAAACGGUCCGAAAAAUCGCAAACGCAAUAAAAAACGCGAUAGACGAUCAGAACGUCAUGCUGAAUACUAUGAAGAUGCAAGUCCAUCAACUGGGCACCAUCGAGACGCGAGAUACAACGAUAUGGCUCCCAAGAAUUGGGAUGGCGCUCCUCCACGCUAUCAAAAUCCGCCAGUUGCUCCAUCUGCUGAAUAUGAACGUCCUCCUCCAUAUUAUUAUCCUGGUGCCCAAAGUGAUCACGAUUAAACUAAAGCAACAACUCAACGUCAUUUCGAAGGCGACGCUAACUCUAAUUGAAAAACAUUUAACACAUAAAACUCUAAAAAUCGAAUAGAAGUCUGGAUAAAUUUAUGUAAUUAUAUUAUUAUUAAUAUACAAAAAUAGUUAUAUUUUUAGAGACGAAAAACUGUAUAAUGGUAAUUCAUUUAGGAACGAAUUUUAAUUUUUCACAGAAAUUGAGCAUUUUUUUGAAUCUAUCGCUAUUCUAGUCCAAUAGUGUAGUGUAUUUUGUACCGAUGAAAUGACAUUAAAUAAUUUUAUGGAUAGAAAAUAGCUCAUAAUUGUCUCACAUUCCGCUCAAAUAAAGCUCACAACAUAAAAAGUUACAAAUGCCUCAUAAAAUUCUUUGUAUAAUGUUAUUGAAUACCAACUAUAAAUGACAAAACUAAUAAUCGUUGCCCAAGUGAAUGAUCACUGCCCUUGAUUUUUUUUAAACUUCUACACAUUGCAAGUAAUUGAAUUUUCAACUCAAUUUAUCACGUAAAUGUAUAUAAAUUAAAUACUCUUCAAAGUAUAAAGCCAAGAAAAACUGAACAAAAAAAGCAUUUUAUUGAUUAUUUUAACUUUUAAAAAUAUAAUUACUAUUGUAAACGUAUGAUAAAUGAAAUAAUGUAAUUAAAAAGCCAAUUAAAA